AUGGUUUGUGGACGUGUUCGUACGAAAACCGUAAAGAAGGCAUCACGAGUUAUCAUCGAGAAGUACUACACAAAACUCACUCAUGACUUCCACACGAACAAGAGGAUUUGUGAGGAAAUCGCUGUUAUUCCAAGCAAGAAAAUGCGAAACCGCAUCGCUGGGAAACUGCGUUUACGUCACAAUCUGACGGUGAGUUUGACGUUCCGUCAGUUAACGGUUUGCGUUUAUUUUCUCACGAGCAGAUUCAUAACGCAUUUGAUGAAACGAAUUGAACAUGGCGCAGUGCGCGGUAUUUCAAUCAAGUUGCAAGAGGAGGAACGUGAACGUCGUGAUAACUACAUGCCUGAGAUCUCUGUGGUCGACCCACGAGAGCUAACGCAGAUCGAUGUUGAUCCUGAAACGAAACAGAUGGUCGAUGCGAUGGAUAUGGUGAUCCCAAAUUUGAAUGAAGUGAAACCAUCGAGCGUUCUGGCUGCUCGCAGAUGA